CUGCCCCUUCCGGUGCAGAGCCCGCCUCCUCCCCUCCGGCUUGGCCCGAGCCCAGCGGCAGCAGCCGGAGCCGGCGGCGCUGGAGCGCGGAGGCAGAAGAUCUGGGAGAAGAGCAGUCCUUUUGGUCCUGAAUGCCGACAGAGCUGACGAGGUAGUUGACUCGAUACACAGAAAAGGUGGAAAAGACCUGAACUGCCUGAACAGGAAGCCAGGAGAUCCUCAUAAGUGACUGAUCUAUGAAAUGGCAGAGAAUGGAACAGACUGUGACCAGAGACGCAUAGGAAUGAUCAAAGAACAGCACAAUGGGAGUUUCACAGAUCCCUCUCUGGUGAGUGAGCGGAAGCGACGGGACCGAGAAGAGAGGUUGAAUAUCGUGCUCUGGAGACAACCACUGAUUACCUUGCAGUAUUUUCUCCUGGAAACACUAAUAAACUUGAAAGAAUGGACCAUAAAAUUGUGGCAUCGCCGAAGUAUCUUGGUAUCUUUUUUACUGCUGCUUGCAGCGCUUACAGCUACGUAUUAUAUUGAAGGAAUACAUCAACAGUAUGUGCGGUAUAUGGAGAAAAAGUUCUUCUGGUGUGCCUACUGGGUAGGCUUGGGCAUUCUGUCCUCUGUUGGACUUGGAACAGGUCUUCAUACCUUUCUGCUCUAUUUGGGUCCACACAUAGCGUCCGUGACACUUGCUGCAUAUGAAUGUAACUCAGUUAAUUUUCCUGAGCCGCCAUACCCUGAUCAGAUCAUCUGCCCAGAAGAGGAAGGGGUGGAAGGAUCCAUCACCCUCUGGACCAUCAUCUCAAAAGUCAGGCUGGAAGCCUGCAUGUGGGGUGCUGGCACAGCUAUUGGAGAGCUACCUCCAUACUUCAUGGCUCGGGCAGCCCGACUCUCCGGUGCUGAGCCUGAUGAUGAAGAGUACCAGGAAUUUGAGGAGAUGCUGGAACACGCAGAGGCUGCACAAGACUUUGCCUCCCGAGCUAAACUGGCUGUUCAGAACCUGGUGCAGAAAGUUGGGUUCUUUGGCAUUCUGGCCUGUGCUUCGAUUCCAAACCCGCUCUUCGACCUGGCCGGGAUAACAUGUGGCCACUUCCUUGUUCCCUUUUGGACCUUCUUCGGUGCAACCCUGAUUGGGAAAGCAAUAAUUAAAAUGCACAUCCAGAAACUGUUCGUUAUUAUAACUUUCAGCAAACAUAUAGUGGAGCAGAUGGUCUCCCUAAUCGGUGCUGUCCCAAGUAUAGGUCCUUCUCUUCGGAAGCCGUUCCAAGAAUACUUGGAAGCUCAGCGGAUAAAACUCCACCACAGACCUGACAGUGGAGUGCCACAGGGGGAGAGCUGGUUAUCAUGGAUGUUUGAAAAGCUUGUCAUUGUCAUGGUUUGCUAUUUCAUCUUGUCUAUAAUCAACUCCAUGGCCCAGAGCUAUGCCAAGCGGCUGCAGCAGAAGAUGUACUCCGAAGAAAAGACCAAAUGAGCUGGGGAACCCCCCUCGAAAUGGUCUCUCUCGGACACGAAAGUGACAGGUGUUACCAUAUAUUUAAAAUCGGCAUUAUUCAAAACAGGAAAAAACUUUUUAAAAUCAUCAGUUUUUCAGCUGUAACAAGUUUUUCUUUUCUUUCGAAAGUAAUUCGGCUUUUAGAGCAGAACUUUCACUCACAAACUUUAUGUAUGUUAAGGUAAGGUUAACUCAGCCUGAAUUGUACAUGAAGGGGUGGUGUGUUAAACUCAUGUUUAACAUAAAUGCUGUCCAUUCCAAUUUACUUCCAAAAUUGAUUUGAUACUUAGCACAACUCCAGAUGCCCGACUAACUCGCAACCCGGCCUAAAAGUAAUGUCUUUAUUUUGAAGGAUGGCUCUUCCACUUUUCCUAAUUUCCAAGUCAUUGAAAUGUAUAUAAACGAUGAUAGAUUGGAUAGCAGUCUUGCAUGUUCCUCCUGAGAACAUUAUCCCAUGUGAACGCUGAGAAAAGUCCUCCUGUACUGCACGUGCCUCGGUUGGGAAAGCCAGCCUGGCCAACUUCCUACGGGUGUGAGCAGAGAUGGUUGCAGUCAAACUGGUGACGCUAACGUUUUUUAUUCUGUAUAUUUAGAAUGAAGUCGAGAUAAAAACUUUAUAAAGUCAUCUUUGAUCAUUCCAGAAUUUCUCGUGUCAGUCUUUUUCAGCUGUUUCUUCUCCACUACACCUUUUGUAUAUUCUGUUUAUCUUGAGUUUUUCUUUAUUAAGCCUCUGUAUUGCAUGCUUUUACUAAUCCUUCCUGUGCACAUGGGGCAGAAGCCUGUUGUUCUUGAUUUGUCUCGCAAGAACUUCUUGCUCAGGAGAAGGAGGUAGAAAGCAUGGAGUUGGCACCUUGCACUUUGAUUUAUUUAAAUUGGCCACCUGAAUUAAACUUCCAUUUAUUUUUAUCAUAUCACUCUUCAGAGGUUUGCUUAGGGCAACAAAGUGCAGCAGCACCAGGGAUGCAGAAAAAGAGAUGGGGGAGCAUGGAUAUUUAGAAUUGAGACGGAUUUGGUGUAAAACAGUAAUGGUAAUUAACAACUGCAUUAAAGAACAUGAAAGUCUACUCAGAUUAUCCAGAUGCUCGUUUUCUUAUAAAUAUUGUUACAGAUCAGUGUGUUGCCUGGUUUUAAUAUAUGUGAAAUGACCCAACAUUAGUGAUAGGCUUGUUCCCUUUUAGUAAGUAGGUUGCUAUUCUACUGCUGUUGUAUAUAGAAUGCUUCUCUAAUAACUGCUAAGCUAGUAAGGAUGAGCUAAUUAAAAAAAAUAAUUGUCCUUUCCUUUAAUCAGAUGUUCUUUAAUGGUGGUGCAUGGAGCAUAGUUAGGAUAGAACUGGCUCAACACCUUUUCAGUUAGAUGCUUCUCUACGAUAGAGCAGGGCUGCUCUCGAGCAAGGUGCAGUAACUGUGUAUUUUGUUCAGUCCUGCCUGAAUGUCCACUUGUGUUGCCUCCCGUCGUGACAUCUCCAUGGCUGUACCAUCCUGUCGGAUAGCUUAUCAGACUGAUGUUGACUGUUGGAUGUCAUGGCAACAACAGUCGGUAGGCUGUCUGACAUUUUGGUAUCUUUCAUCUGACCGUUUGCUCAUCCAUCUCAAACUUGUUUUCAUUGAACAUCAACAGGCAUCUCAGUGUUUGAAAGUUAGGAUGGAUCUGACUUCUCAUGUAAGCCUGUCUUAAAAUUCAGCACUCGGCCUCAGAAGCGUCCCAAGUGUGUGUGAGAUGCAUGCUGUUUUGCUGUUGUACACCUCAUAUGUAACUUUAAACAAACUGACAGUGUUAAUGAGCGAGGAAAGUUUUAUAUACGCAUCUAACCAGAACUUCUAAUGAGAACAUUGUUUCUAGAUCAUCUACGCUAUUGGAGGGACGGGGCAGACUUUUUAAAGGCAACAGGGGCAUUUAAAUGCCCAUCUUUCAUGGGGGGUGGUGUGAGGGGGACAGGAUUAAAUGCCUUUUUUGCAUCUUUAAAAAUCUUGCCCCUGUCUUGAAAGAGAAACCAUUUUCAUAUUUAAAAAAAAAAAUUUCUAGAGCUGAGAUUUAAUUUUCCUCCUUUGGCCCCAUUAUGGCCUUUGAAUGAAAUGUUGAUAAACUCAAGCAGCCGCAUUCAAGAAAAAAUCAGAACCACUUGAUAUUUCACAAGUCUGGGUUUAAAUCAGCCCAAACUUAAAAUCCUGCAAUUAAAUUGAUCGCAUGCAGUUGGAUUGAUUGCAUGUAUGUUCUACAGUUUGGAAGCAUUUAUUGCAGUUUUCCCCAAGAUAUGUUAGGUUUUAGGAAACUACGGUUUGCCAUUUCGCACUGUUUUGCAGGCACCUUUUGGCUUUUCUAGAUAUAACAUCUCUGAAGUUUUCGUUCCAUUUACACUAAAGUCUCUACACCACCCUGGCAGCAGAAAGGGCCCAGAGGUGUGAGGAAGUGUAAUCAACACCUGCUUGGAUGCCCCUUUAUGUAACCCAAGUGAGGUGAAGGGCUUGUAUAAUUAAGACUCUGUUGCAAGGUCUUUGUCUCGCAGUGUGUGACCUCCUUCUGAUGACUUCCCAGGCAGGCUGGUUAGCAAGGUCUUUCAUCCGUAGUCUUCAGAGCCUGGAGAAUAAGCAACCGGCAAACAAAAUGCAAAUUUCUCCAUGUCUGAACAUAAAUAACUGCCAGCCAUGUUGGUACGUGUCCAUUCUAAAGAGCUGUGCUAUCGUUUUGAAAGCUUUCCGAAGUUCCUCUUUUUUUAUCUGACAUUUAGAGAAUGGAUUGGUCACUGUUCCUGCUUCUAUCUCAUCAGGCAGUGGAAGGACAGUCUUAUAAGACUUAAUGCAAGGUAAAAAUUAAGAUUAUGCAGACCUAAUGAGACUUGCAAAUGGAUGGCUUAAUGUUUACUCAAAUAAAAAUAUAUCUUGGUGA